GCGGGGCGGCGCGAGUGGCGGCGCGUCUGAGCGACUGCUAUUAGGUGAGGACGGCCUGGCAGAAGUUGGUUGUUCAAAGCUGUACAGGCCAUAAUGACUUCCAAUAAAGCAAUUGAAUUACAACUGCAAGUGAAACAAAAUGCAGAAGAAUUACAAGACUUUAUGAGGGAUUUAGAAAACUGGGAAAAAGACAUUAAACAAAAGGAUAUGGAACUAAGAAGACAGAGUGGUAUUCUUGAAGAGAAUUUACCUCCUAUUCGAAAUGGGAAUUUUAGGAAAAAGAAGAAAGGCAAAGCUAAAGAGUCUUCUAAAAAAACCAAGGAGGAAAACACAAAAAAUAGGAUAAAAUCUUAUGAUUAUGAGGCAUGGGCAAAACUUGAUGUGGACAGUAUCCUUGAUGAGCUUGAUAAAGAAGAUACCACCCAUGAUUCUGUGUCUCAAGAAUCAGAGUCAGAAGAGGAUGGGAUUCAUGUAGAUGCACAAAAGGCUCUUGCUCUAAAAGAAAAGGGCAAUAAAUACUUCAAACAAGGGAAAUAUGAUGAAGCAAUUGAAUGCUACACAAAAGGCAUGGAUGCUGAUCCAUAUAAUCCUGUGUUGCCAACAAAUAGAGCAUCAGCAUACUUCAGAUUGAAAAAAUUUGCUGUUGCUGAGUCUGAUUGUAAUUUAGCAAUUGCCUUAAGUAGAAGUUAUACUAAGGCUUAUGCUAGACGAGGUGCUGCUCGAUUUGCUCUGCAAAAAUUAGAGGAUGCUAAAAAAGAUUAUGAAAAAGUAUUAGAAUUGGAACCAAAUAACUUUGAAGCAAUGAAUGAACUCAGGAAAAUUAAUCAGGCUUUAACAUUCAAAGAAAACUCAUAUCCAGAGGAAGCUGCUAUAGUGACUGAAUCAACUGAUGGAGAAAAAAAAAAUAUUGAAGAAAAGAAAAAGAAGCAGCAGGCCAUUACAGAAAAAGAUCUGGGGAAUGGAUUUUUCAAAGAGGGGAAGUACGAAAGAGCAAUCGAAUGCUAUACUAGAGGAAUAGCAGCAGAUGGUGCUAAUGCCCUUCUUCCUGCUAACCGAGCAAUGGCCUAUCUGAAGAUUCAGAAAUAUGAAGAAGCUGAAAGAGACUGCACACAAGCCAUUUUAUUAGAUGGCUCUUACUCUAAAGCUUUUGCUAGAAGAGGAACUGCAAGAACAUUUUUGGGAAAGAUAAAUGAGGCCAAACAAGAUUUUGAAACUGUGUUACUUCUGGAACCUGGAAAUAAGCAAGCAGUAACUGAACUUUCUAGAAUUAAAAAGGAAUUAAUUGAGAAAGGACACUGGGAUGAUGUCUUUCUUGAUUCCACACAAAGACAAAAUGUGGUAAAACCCAUUGAUAAUCCACCUCAUCUUGGAUCAGUUAAACCACUCAAGAAGGUUAUUAUUGAAGAAACUGGUAAUUUGAUACAGACUAUUGAUGUGCCAGAUAGCACUACUGCUGCUGCUCCAGAGGGUAAUCCUAUUAAUCUAGCAAACGUAAUAGCAGCCACAGGCACUGCUAGUAAGAAGAAUUCAAGCCAAGAUGACCUUUUGCCCCCAAGUGAUACUCCACGAGCAAAAGUUUUGAAAAUAGAAGAAAUCAAUGAUACUUCAGCCUUGCCACCUCGAGUCAGUUUGAAACAGGACAUUAGCCAGUCUUUGAGUGAGAAAAUUUCUAUAAAGGGAGAACAAGUACCUGCUAAGUUUGUCACAUCUGCUCUGCCUCCAGUUCCUGCCAACUCAUUCCAGCUUGAAUCUGAUUUCAGACAUCUGAAAGGUUCUCCAGAUAUGUUGUAUCAGUAUUUAAAGCAAAUUGAACCAUCCUUGUAUCCUAAGUUGUUUCAGAAGAAUCUAGAUCCAGAUAUAUUCAACCAAAUCAUUAAAAUUCUGCAUGACUUUUACAUUGAGAAAGAAAAGCCAUCACUUAUUUUUGAAAUCUUACAAAGACUUUCUGAACUAAAAAGGUUUGAUAUGGCAGUAAUGUUUAUGUCAGAAUCUGAGAAAAAGAUUGCACAUGUAUUGUUCAAUCACAUAGACAAAUCAGGAUUGAAAGAUAAUUCUGUUGAAGAACUCAAGAAAAGAUACGGUGGUUGAAGAUGUUUUUGACUUCCACAUGUAAAUUUUUUUCUACUGAAAAUAURAAAUGUUUUGCUUUUUCAGAAACCAUAUAGAAAAGGACUCACUUUGGACAUAAAUUAAUUAACUAUAAAGUGAAUUGUGAGAAUUGUAUUCUGGUGAACUAUUUGUAAGUCUUUCUAAAAAUAAAAAUAUAAAUAAUG